AUGAGUUCUGUCGCAGAAAAUAUAAUACAACAGGCCACUCAUAAUUCUACAUUACACCAAUUGGCUAAGGACCAUUCCCCUGUAGGCGCCACUACUGCCUUCAGAAUCCUGAAUAUACUUAAGUCUAUGUCAUAUUUGAAGAUAUUUGCUACUUUAAUUUGUAUUCUUUUGGUUUGGGACCAGGUAGCAUAUCAAAUCAAAAAAGGCUCCAUCGCAGGCCCAAAGUUCAAGUUCUGGCCCAUCAUCGGUCCUUUUUUGGAGUCUUUAGAUCCAAAGUUUGAAGAAUAUAAGGCUAAGUGGGCAUCCGGUCCACUUUCAUGUGUUUCGAUUUUCCAUAAAUUUGUUGUUAUCGCAUCUACCAGAGAUUUGGCAAGGAAGAUCUUGCAAUCUUCCAAGUUUGUCAAACCUUGUGUUGUAGAUGUUGCUGUGAAGAUCUUGAGACCUUGCAAUUGGGUUUUUUUGGACGGUAAAGCUCACACUGAUUAUAGAAAAUCAUUAAAUGGUCUUUUCACUAAGCAAGCUUUGGCUCAGUACUUACCUUCAUUGGAACAAAUUAUGGAUAAAUACAUGGAUAAAUUUGUUCGUCUAUCUAAGGAAAACAAUUACGAGCCUCAGGUCUUUUUCCAUGAAAUGAGAGAAAUUCUUUGCGCCUUAUCAUUAAACUCUUUCUGUGGUAACUACAUCACCGAAGAUCAGGUCAGAAAGAUUGCCGAUGAUUACUAUUUGGUUACAGCAGCAUUGGAAUUAGUUAACUUCCCAAUUAUUAUUCCUUACACCAAAACAUGGUACGGUAAGAAAACCGCUGACAUGGCCAUGAAGAUUUUCGAAAACUGUGCUCAAAUGGCUAAGGACCAUAUUGCUGCAGGUGGUAAACCGGUUUGCGUUAUGGAUGCUUGGUGUAAAUUGAUGCAUGAUGCAAAGAAUAGUAACGACGAUGAUUCUAGAAUCUACCACAGAGAGUUCACUAACAAGGAAAUUUCCGAAGCUGUUUUCACUUUCUUAUUUGCUUCUCAAGAUGCCUCUUCUUCUUUGGCUUGUUGGUUAUUCCAAAUCGUUGCUGAUCGUCCAGAUGUCCUAGCCAAGAUCAGAGAAGAACAAUUGGCUGUUCGUAACAACGAUAUGUCUACUGAAUUGAACCUGGAUUUGAUUGAAAAAAUGAAAUACACUAAUAUGGUCAUCAAGGAAACUUUACGUUACAGACCUCCUGUCUUGAUGGUUCCAUAUGUCGUUAAGAAAAAUUUCCCAGUUUCUCCUAACUAUACCGCACCAAAGGGCGCUAUGUUGAUUCCAACCUUAUACCCAGCUUUACACGACCCUGAAGUUUACGAAAACCCUGAUGAGUUCAUUCCUGAAAGAUGGGUAGAAGGCUCUAAGGCUAGUGAAGCAAAGAAGAAUUGGUUAGUUUUUGGUUGCGGCCCACACGUUUGCUUAGGUCAAACAUAUGUCAUGAUCACCUUCGCUGCUUUGUUGGGUAAAUUUGCUCUAUAUACUGAUUUCCAUCAUAAGGUCACUCCAUUAAGUGAAAAGAUCAAGGUUUUCGCUACAAUUUUUCCAAAAGAUGACUUGUUAUUGACUUUCAAAAAGAGAGAUCCAAUUACUGGAGAAGUCUUCGAAUAA